CCCGGCCUUGACCCUCUCUCCCUCUGGAUUUCACGGAGAUGUUGCAGUUCUCCCUGGAGUCCCCGGGGGGCGCCACUCUGGCCUGUCUCAGUCUGAUGACUCUGGGUCUGCUGUCAGUCCACGUCUCCAUACCUGAACACAUAGUGGUGUUGGACAGCACCAUGGUGGACAAUGAGGUGGUUAAGAGUAUCUCAGUGCUGGCUGAGGAUGAUGAUGAUGAAGAGGAGAACGAGGGGCGGAGUCGGAUCGAGGUGAGGGCUCACAAGGCGUCCCACACCAAGUACCUGAUGAUGCGUGGAUACUGCGUACCCGGGAUCGUCAACCUCCGAAACCUCAACACCAACGAUAGUAUCGUGGUGGAAUCGUGCACCAUGAGACUACAUCUACGACACACACCUGUACACACACUGUUUACUACCCAGGACUCUCCUCCCAUAGACUUCUCCAGACACGGUCCCUCUCUCCUCCCCUCUUUACUCUCCCAUUCCCUCAGAGCCCAUCCCUCCUCCUCCUCCUCUCCCUCCUCCUCCCCCCUCCCCUUCUCCCCCUCCUCCUCCGUAGAGGUGUGUGAGGGGCGUCUGGUGACUCAGAGAGGGUAUAGCCCAGAGGACAUUGGUGCUGUGGCAGAGCUCAGAGCAACGCUGGAGAGACACGGAGCCUUCGGAUUGGACAGGCGGGACCUGGUGACAUCACACACACACCUGGCCGACCCGAGAGACGGGCGUACCAGAGGUCUGCAGCGGUACAUACAGGACUUGCUGGAGGAAGAGCUGGUGUUGGAGGUGGGAGGGAGCUCAGUGCGUCUGGUGUUACUGAGUCACGCUGAGCCCUGGCUACUGACCUCCACAGAGAGGCAGAGAGACCGGCCACACCAAGCCCAGCGAGGAGCCUCUGCCUUUGGAGACAGAAAGCACCACAACCCCCUCCUCCGCAAGAGAAGAAUGGUGGUCCCCAGAGAGCAGGAACCACGUAGUAAGAGAGGGAGAAGAGAAACGCUGAUGGUGGAAGAGGAGGUUGAGAAGAGGGAGGAGACACCGGAGGAGGAGGAGGAGAGAGAGGAGACACCGGAGGAAGAGGAGGAGGAGGAGGAGAGGAAGAAGAUGCAGCCUGAAGAGAAAGACAGGAACGAGACUGCAGAGGAGAGAUGGAUGAAGAGGAGAGAGGAGGAGGAAGAGAAAGAAGAAGAGAGGGUACAAGAGGAACCAUCAUCUACCAUUGAGACAGAACAGAGCACAGAGGGCGACGGCAAGAAGCCAUUUUCAUCUCUAGCCGAGGAAGAGGAUGGUGAAGCCAGCGGACUGCGCGAGGAAGAGGACGACAGCGGCGGCGUGUGUGACGUGUCGUUCGUCAGUCGUCCGUGGCGUAUCGUGGACGGCAGUCUGAACAGGCCGGUGUGUAAAGGCAUGCUGGACGCUGUCCUCUACCACAUCAUGACCCGGCCCGGUUUACCAGAACACGUCUUACUGGAACACUACAGAGGGGUCUUGCAGCCAGUGGUGGUACUGGACCUCGUGCAGGCCCUCGUUGAGUUGGGCUGUAUCAAGAAGAAGUACGUGACCAGACGUCCCAAACCCUCCCUCUUCUCCCGUCCAGCCGCCGUCCUCAUGGUGGGGGAGGAGAGAGAGGGAGAGACGGGGGUGAGGCUGGAGGAGACGGGGGUGAGGCUGGAGGAGACGGGGGUGAGGCUGGAGGAGACGGGGGUGAGGCUGGAGGAGACGGGGGUGAGGCUGGAGGAGACGGGGGUGAGGCUGGAGGAGACGGGGGUGAGGCUGGAGGAGACGGGGGUGAGGCUGGAGGAGACGGGGGUGAGGCUGGAGGAGACGGGGGUCAGACCCGCUGAGACGACCACUGUGUUCUAUGAGCCGACCAUCGACUGCUGUCUGCGUCUAGGACAGGUUUUACCCCAUGAAAACAACUGGAACCAGUGGGUCCAGUUCGCACAACAUGAGAACAAACAAUCAAUCAGGUAACACGAUGUACUCUGCUUCCAACUCAUCACCUACACGUCAGACGACACCAUGGUUCUUUGAGGGAGAAGAGGCCAAUCAAGAGUUACGGCUGGUGCACCUCUCCUC